AUGAUCGUUGUCAUACCGGUGUUCAUCGGUCGGGUUAUUGACAACCGCGCCAUAUAUGAUAUUCCGCCAGAUAAUCUUGAGAUCAGCAAUGAUCACUUGCUCGUUGUGGUUAGAACCGAGGCAAACAACGGUCGCUUCUACUUUGAAGCUGAGGAUGUUUACGGUAAAGGCUAG